GCCCACGGUGCGCGCGCAACUGCUGCUGGCGGCGCGUCAUGGCGGCACUGAGCGGGAUGUUCACAAACCAGCCCCCGGGGCCGCCGCCGCCACCACCUCCCCCGGGACCGCCGGGCGGCCCAGGCCCAGCCGGGCUCCUCCCCGCAGCCGCCGGGCCGCGCAACCCCAACAGCACACUGGUGGAUGAGCUCGAGGCCUCCUUCGAGGCCUGCUUCGCCUCGCUCGUCAGUCAGGACUAUGUUAACGGCACCGACCAGGAGGAGAUCCGCACCGGCGUUGAUCAAUGUAUCCAGAAAUUUCUGGAUGUUGCAAGACAAACUGAAUGCUUUUUUCUACAAAAAAGACUGCAGCUCUCAGUUCAGAAACCAGAGCAAGUUAUUAAGGAGGAUGUAUCAGAAUUGAGGAAUGAAUUACAGAGGAAAGAAGCACUAAUUCAGAAGCAUUUGGGUAAACUGCGUCACUGGCAACAGGUUCUAGAAGACAUCAGUGUGCAACACAAAAAGCCUGCAGAAAUGCCUCAAGGACCAUUAGCCUACCUGGAACAAGCUUCUGCUAAUAUUCCUGCACCCAUGAAACAGACAUGAUUAAGGAAAAUAUCAGAGUCUUUGAGCAGUAUUUUAACUUAAAGCAAAGUGGUAUUGAUUUUUUUUUUUUAUUUGCUAUAUGCAUAAUGUAUUUUAUAUUAUGAAUAUAAAUAGUAUUUGUUCUGUUGUGACAGUGGGACAGAGAACUAAGUGUAAAAUAAAUUUAAUCUUUUCCACAAA